AUAGGGGAACGCAGACAUCUCUCAGCAGACAGUAAGUUGUUAAGCAAACAUAAUCAGUUGUGUUGUGAAGUUUUAGCUAGCCAACAUGGGUAAGAAGAAGUCAUCUGAUGAAGACAAAACUACGUUGGCGGAGGCCUUUAUACAUUUUCAGCUCCAAGUUAAGAGAAAGGAAAUACAUGAGUGCCAGGAGGAGGUCAGUCAACUCGAGGCAAAGAAGCAAAAAUACACAGAAUUGAGGGAGCAGUUGAAAGAGGAGCAGAUGGGGCACAUCAAGGUCUUGCGGAAGCAGGCUAAAGAACAGGAGAGUAAGCUGGAGCAGAAAGAGGUGGUCAACAAAGAACAGGUGGAGCAAGCUCUGCAGCAGAACUUGGAGCUGGUCCGUAGCCAGGAGAAAGAACUGGCAGAGCUGCGCGCUGAAGUCAGCCACCUAGAGGAGGAAGUGCUCGUCUUGCAGGCUGAGCGGCACAUCAGGCAGGAGUAUAAGGUGAUCGGAAGCCAAGAGCACCAGCGGCAGAUCCAGCACCUGGAGGCUGAGCUGGCUCAGAUGCAGAGGGGUUUUCAGGAGAUGGCAGACAAUAUUCAGCGCACUCUCGACGUGACUUUCAAUGAAAUUGACAAGAAGACGGUGCAUCUCAUAGAUGAAAAGAAACAGCUGGCUACAGAGAGGGCCAUCAAACACCUUGACAAGCAAAGCCGACAGGAGAUCAAAGAGAAUGAGUGGCUGAAGAGAGAGCUUGCCACUUACACAAGAGAGGUAUCCAUUACAGCAUUGGCUGUCCAACAACUGGAGGAGGAGAAUCUUGAGCACAUGAGUCAACUGUUUGAGCAUCGCCUGGAGGACCUGCAAAUCUCUAGAAACGUCUUCCUGACUCAGGCGGCAGGACUGGGACCCUCUGACACCACAGUACAGGAGACCAUUAUGAAGAGUAACGCUGUCAGUGGCCAACCAUCAGACGGGGUAAGCAGCAGCCCCGUACCUCCCCUCCACCCAGCAACGGAAACAUGGCGGGCUCAAAAGCAGGCCAAAGAGCUGGAGAGGGAUGAAACAAGUGGCAGCUGCAGUGAGGCAGCCUACAGGCCAACAGAGGACCCCCCUCAGGACCUCAGUGUGCUUCUGUACGGCAGCCAGACCUACAUGCAGCAGGGAGACAUGCACCUGGGCCCUCUGGAGCAGAAGCUGCUGACUGUGGUGGGCCAGGCCCUUCCCCUGCACCCUGUGCAGUCUGAGACCCCCGGCUCCGAAGGCUCCUCCUCAGCCCCAGGGAUGCUCCAGGCUCCCGAGGACUGGCCCCUCACUGCCCGCAUCAUCCACAAGAGGUUCAAGUAGCCAGGCCCAAGCACUAAUACACACACACACACUUUUGUAAAUCUAGCAUUGGCCUCAUGUUGGCAUCAGAGACAUGUAUUCCCAUUAAACGUGCAAUGAUACAA